UCUCAUCUUACGCAAGAGGUUUGGGACCGAACGACGGAUUUACCUGCACCGUUCGAGCAAUCAGUGCAACAUCGACGGGGCGGGACAGGAACCAACUGUGACCCAAAUCUCACCGGACCCAAAAUAGUUGAUAACAAUUGCAACUGUGGCAGGAAAAACCCAGUUCUAAAGAUAGUGGGAGGAGAACAAGCCCUUGUUAACGAAUAUCCCUGGCAGGUGGCCCUUUCGAAGAGCAACCUCUACCGACCCUACUGCGGUGGUUCGAUUAUCUGCAACAAGUGGGUUUUGACAGCUGCUCAUUGCGUCGCUGGACAAGCGCCAUCCCAAAGCCUGGUCGUGAUAGGCGAGCACCAGUGGACAUCCACCACUGACACUUCAGUAACGGAGCCCAAGGAGAUUCAGCAGAUCAUAAUCCACCCAGACUACGACUCCCAGCGCAUGGACAACGACAUUGCAUUAAUCGAACUUAAAACCGCCAUCGUAUUUCCCUUUAAUAACAAGAUCGCCCCCGUCUGCAUGCCAUCUGCCAGCAAUCUGUACGAAAACGUUGACGCUACCGCCACCGGAUGGGGAACCCUUUCUAAUGGCGGUCCCCAGCCCUCUACCCUGUACGAAGUUACUAUACCGACGAUGACCAACGCGAAGUGCAGCACCUAUAUCAACGGGAUAACGGCCAACAUGAUCUGCGCUGGUGUGGAGCAAGGAGGGAAGGACACUUGCACGGGUGAUUCAGGCGGACCGCUCGUGACUGUAAGCAGUACUGGAGUAAACACUAUGGAGCAAAUUGGAGUCGCUUCUUGGGGCUAUGGCUGUGGAGAUGUCCGCAAACCAGGGGUAUACACCAGAGUCACGCGUUACCUGCCUUGGAUCUACAACUACACAGCAGCGUGCAGUUAUUGCGCUCGUCCUACUUAGAGUCAUUGAUUGACUGAACAGACGUUCCACGACGAAGCAGAAGUUAAGAUCAUGGCUGCUCUUUAAACAGUUAAUAGAAAUGACUGUAUAUGCUUAUAUGCUUACGGUUAAGCUUAGCUUAAAUGUUUAUUAGCCUUUAUUCCAUAUUUUUUCCAUAAUAGGAAAUCUUGGAAUGACUUUCAUCUAAAAAUAAAAUCUAUGCACCAUCAAA